AUGGUGGCUCGCUGCUUUCGCCAACGCUUGGAAGAGCGUCGUGCAGUCGAUCGUGCUCGUAUGGCCCAGCGCUUUGCCAGACUUAAGCAGAAUGAACGUGAAAUGCGUCAACGAGAAGAUGACCAGCGUCGUGCAAAAAAGGCUGCUGAGCGAGAGCGAAGAGAAGCUCUACUGCGGGCAUAUCUCAUCAAAAAGGAUGUAGGUUCUCCAGAUCCUUCCAUACACCAUAUCGCUCAUCUAUUUAGCGUAAUCCACAUAUAUUGUUUGAUAGUUUGGAAUCCGAUUAGCGGAAUAUUUUAG